AUGGAGAGACGUGGAGCAGCGACUGGCCGCAGCAGUACCUAUGGUCAGUCGUGCAUGCAAUGUUACAAGACGAAUUGUCGAUGCGUCUCAAAUCCAAGCGGUGGUGGUUGCAAAAGAUGUCGUCGCCUCGGGAAAGAUUGUCAGCCGUCAGACGCAGCUCGCCGGCGCAAUGCUCAAAGUGCCGCAACCCCGGAUGCCCGUAUCGCACAGCUCGAAGCCAAAAUUGAGCUCCUUGGCUCCAGUUCUCCGACAGACAUGCGUCUCUUGCUGGGCCAAGACGGCAUGUCGAACUCCACUGCUCGGUCAAUAGCCAGCCCGACCAACUCCACUACUACAGGUAAUGCAGGUGCGAACUCGAAUAUCGAUACUGGCCGCACGCCCGCUGCGGUAGCUCUUGCUUUGCCACCGGCUGAGGCAGAAAGGUCUCUUCGUUUCUUCCGAUCCCAGAUGCUACCUUACUUCCCCUUUAUAAGCCUGGCCUCUACCUUGACAGCUAGCCAGCUCCGCCAGGACCGGCCAAUCCUCUUUCAAGCUAUCAUCACAGUCACCACACUCUCAACCCAGAGAAGGUUGCCCCGGAUAGAUGAGUUUAAACGCCUUGUCUUCAGCUCUGCUUGGAUGCAAGCCCAGUCAAGCAUGGACCUGUUGCUUGGAGUAUUAACGUAUAUCACGUGGAGCACCGACGCGUUCCUUGGUCGCGCGGACCUCCUCUCCCGCCUGAUGGUGCUCGCCAUCUCGCUGGUAUUUGACCUGCGGCUGUUCAAGCCGUCCAGACCCGACGUGCAGGCCAUCGUGGCCUGUACCCAGGGCUUCGCCGAGAAUUAUCAGACCGGCGACGAGACGGUUCAGGCUUUUCUGGAACGGCAGCGAGCACUGCUUGCAUGUUUUGUACUGAGCUCCCAGCAUGCACAGCCCAUCUCCUCUCACUUUGGGCGGAUAGACCCCUUGCGGUGGACGCCCCAGAUGGAAGACGCGUUGAAUGUGAUAACGGCGAACAGGUCAUGUCCAACGGACGAAGUACUUGCAUUUCAGGUACGAGUGCAGUUGAUCACACACCGGGCAGCACAGGUGCGGGAGCAGCACGAGAUAGACCGGUCCCUCAGUAGGGCACCUCCUACCGCAACUUCUUCUAUUCCAAGCCUGCUAUACCUCAACACGCUGCGCGCCGAGCUGCAGGGACUCCAAGACUCGCUUAGCACCAUCGAACCGCAUCCACAAGGCAACAGCAUCAGCAGCAGCAUCGGCAUCAGCCCAGACCUCGCCCGCCUCGAAUCCAUCCACCGCAGUGCCGCAUCCAUCCGCUCCUGGCUUGGCGUCUUCUGCCCCCCUUCCUCCUCCUCCUCCUCCCGCUACUCCGUCGCCCCGGCAGACUGCCUCGGCCUGCCCGCGCACUUUUGGGCCCAGUGUAUCUGGUGCAGCGCCAUACUGAAGCACCUGUCCACGAACCCCCUCGCUGAACCGGCGGGGGUGGAGUGUAUGCGUGCGGUGCGGAACACGGUGGAUUUGCGGAUGGUGCUGGAUCGGAUGAGGGAGAAGAUGAAUUUGGUGAGCGUGGAGGCGGCCGGGGUUGAGGUUGGGGAUGGGGUCGUGGGUGGCAAUGGGGGUGGGAAUGAUUUGUUCAGUUCGAUGGCGAGGUUGUUUGGGCGGGCUAGGGUGUGGGCUGAGGAGAGGUGGCAUACUACUAGUAUGGGUGAUAGUGCUGUUCCUGUUCAGGGGCAGGGGCAAGAGGAAAAUGGUAGUGGUAGUGGACGGAAUGUGCCGGAUGUGGAGGAUUUUUCGUGGAUGGAUUUGAUGGAUUUGGAGAACGACAAGUGGUUUGAGGAUGUAUUGGGUUGGUCGCCGGUCGAGAGUUGA